AUGCCUAAAGACCAACCCAUUCCACCCAACACUGCCCUUCUGACUGCAUAUUUCAUACUCUCUUACAGAGCUCAUGCCGCCUUUCGGAAGUUCAAGUGUUCUCUCCACUGUGGACUCGGGCACAAGGAUCAUGGUAGAUGGAUAGAGCCCGUACCCAACAUAGUCGGCCAGCAAGAACGCAUCUCAGGCAAUCCAUCCAUGGAAAUCGAUAGCUCGUCCUGUAAACGUCUCGGUGUCAGCUACAGAGCACUGCCAACAAAUGUUGAACUGCCAAAGUGCAGUGGCCGGACACCGCUUUGUAAAGAAGUCUUGAACGACACUUGGGUCUUGUCUCCGUUGUGGCACAAAGAUUCCACAGUUGUAAACUCACGGAAGACCCGCUACGAAAAAUCCAUUUACUGCUGUGAAGCGGAGCGUUCUGAGUGGGAUGUCUUAGUCGAGGCCAACAAGUCGACAAUCCUUAUUCUAGAGGCAGUACAGACGAAGCUGCAGGGUAUGGGCGCCAAGGAACGGCAGCGCUUCCAGCUGGGUGACAACCUUGGAGGCUCAUCGAAUGUGCUACAGCAGCAGGCCAUCCGGCGCAUCUACGGUGACGAAGCUGCUGACAUCAUCGAGCGCCUCAAGCGCGACCCCGUCGUCGCUGUUCCCCUCGUACUGCGCAGGCUCAAAGCGAAGGAGGAAGAGUGGCGUGAGAGACAGAAGGGCCUCAAUAAAAUCUGGGGAGAGCAAAUGAAGAAGUACUACCUCAAGUCGCUGGAUCACCAGGGCGCCACGUUUAAGCUGAACGACGUCAAGUUUCUGAGUUACAAGAGCCUCAUGAACGAGAUUAAGGACAUUUAUGGAAAGCGCCGGGAACAAAUUAAAGGCGGCACUGACGAAGUUUCGGCGGGCCCCCACAUGAGUUUGGCCUACCUGGACCCGUUUAUUCUUGAGGAUGCGGCCAACCUGAUCCUCCAUCACGCCAAACAGCAGACAGGCUUAAACAAAGAGAGGCAGAAGAUCAGACAGCUGUUGCAUCGGUUCAUCCCAGACCUGUUCUGUCUGCCACGCGGCGAGCUCUCUGACGAUGAGGUCGACAAGGAUGACAUGCAGACCAAGGAUGGUGAGAGCCAGCCACUUAACUCGACGCCCAAUCGUUGGUCUGAUGAUGCCUUCCCUAAGGAUGGUGACAAAGGUGCACUUCCGACAGCCUCGGGUGAUUGCACCGGCAGCACCGACGGCAGCUCGAAACGGAGUGCGCUGCAGAUGCAGAAUCUUUAUACGGAUGACUCGUAUGCAGUGUUCUUUGUCAACGAUAACUGGUAUCUGUUCUUUCGGCUGCACCAUCUGCUGUGCGAGCGUCUCACGAAAAUCUACAGGCUCUCGAAGGACUUGGCUGCGGAGGAGGCAAAGGAGCGCAAGGGCCGAAAGGAAUCCGCGGCCGUGGCACUGCGGCUGAAGCCUACAAGCGAGGUUGAAGUGGAAGACUACUACCGGGUGUUUUUGGGCAUGGUGAAGAGUCUGUUGGACGGUAACAUAAACGGCAAGCAGUACGAACACGCCCUUCGGGAGAUGUUUGGAAUCUAUGCCUACACCGUGUUCACACUGGACAAGGUAGUGCAGAGUGUGGUGCGCCAGCUGCAGCACAUUGUGUUCCACGAGGCGUGCCAGCGCUGCACCGAGCUCUUUGCGGAGGAGCUGCGGGCCGGAGGCGCAGGGGGCGCAUGUGCCACAGCCGCACACCGUACGCACCUCGAGUCCGGCUACCAGAAGAAAGCCGAGCAAGCCUUGGCCGAAGACACAUGCUUCAAAAUUGUGAUUUAUCAGAAGGAGAGCAAGCUUACGAUAGAGUUGAUUCAUACGAAGAGUGACAGAGAGUGAGAGAAAUUGUCAGAGUUCGUCGACAAAUACUUGGCUGGUGUUUCCAUGUAGGAUAACUUGGGAGACAGGGUGACAAGAAAGCCAGCCUUCCUGCCUCACAACGUACUAGGCCGCCUGCAGCAAGCAAAGAAGCAAGAGGGCGAAGCCAAAAAGUUGGCUUCUAGCGCUAACGGCGAUGUCAACAAUAAAAAUUGCAACAGUGCUUGCACCAAUGAUGAGAGCACCAACGACGAGGUUCCUUUCGGCAUACAGGUGGCAAUGCACUGGGGGUCAUCUGUAAUUGCUGGUGCGGGCAAAAUUGACUUGAUGGCGAACAGUCAGUGCAAGUUUAACCUCAAUUCGUAUAAAAUGGUGUUUGUUGCCAGAAGCUCAAGUUACACCUACAACUGGCGGGCGUUGUGUCGAGACCAGCUGUCUCAUCGAAAAGUGUUUCAGCGGAUGCGUCAUAACUUCAACAAGUGACAUUAGGGCUGGCUGGAUAAGAAUCUGGACAUAGAGCGGUGCAGGUUAUGUGAGGACUGGCUGUCGGGUCUCGGCUGCGUAUGUAGUUGAACAAAAUGCAUCCAACCUCCAGACUGCUCACGGCUGUCCUACCGCCCGUUCCGACGCUUCCGAAGUUCGCCCUCUCUCCACUAG